CAGUAAACACACUGCGGGACACUCGGCAACACUCGGCUCUGCCCGGAUCAGAAUUCCUAACCGCAUGGUAUGGAGGACGUUGUAAUUCAAAACGUCACCUUGCUGUUGCAUGCUAAGGUUAUCUUACCGAUUCGCGAUUAAACGGAAAUCACCUUUUAAACCUUAAAGGGUGCAUUAUGUGCAGUAAAUAAACGAUAAUAUUGAGUAUCUAAUGAAUUCGAAGAGCAAAUUGCUGGAUAUUUAACUCGUUGCAAUAUUAAUUGGCGUUACUCGUGGGAAAGAAGAGGGAUGCAUUUUGCAGAUUUCAUAGCUGGAUCUAUCGGAGGGGCUCUUGGCGUGGCUGUAGGGUAUCCCUUGGACACAGUGAAGGUGAGGAUACAGACCCAGAGGAAGUUCACAGGGGUAUGGCACUGUGUCCACAGCACAUGUAAAGCAGAAGGGGUGAAUGGGUUCUACAAGGGCAUAUCCAUGCCAGUCACCACCGUGUCCAUUAGCUCCUCGGUGGUCUUCGGCAUCUACAGGAACUGCCUGCAGGGCCUUUGCAUGCUGCGUGGGGGGGGCGCUGAUACCCCGCCCCACAAACUGGACAUCUUCCUGUCGGGCUUGGCGGCGGGGGUGGCCCAGGUAUCAGUGAUGUCCCCGGCUGACAUCGUGAAAGUGCAGCUUCAGUGCCAGACGGAGCCCUAUCUGGGCUCGUCCUUGGACUCGAAACCCAAAUACCGUGGGCCGAUACACUGCCUGCUGACUAUUGCCCGCGAGCAGGGACUCCUGGGCCUGUACAAGGGCGCGGGUGCCCUGGCCCUACGUGACGGCUCCUCCUUUGCCACCUACUUCCUGACCUACAAUGUCGUCUGUGGCUGGCUGACACCAGUAGGGCAGAAGCAACCAGGUGAGGAGCCUCGCUGGAUGUUCUCGAGCAAGGUAAUGUGGAUGUGUUUUAAAACGUCUGAUGAGCAUGUGUGUGCGUUUGUGGGUGGGCUGGGGUGCCCCCUUCCAGAUUGGGCUGUGAUCAUGCUGGCUGGAGGGGUGUCGGGCAUGUGCGGCUGGUCCCUGGGGACGCCCAUGGAUGUGAUCAAAGCCCGUCUGCAGGUGGACAGCGUCACCCAGAGGAGGUACAGGGGCUUUGUGCACUGUGUCACUGAGAGCGUACGCCAGGAGGGACCCGGCGUCCUCUUCAGGGGCCUGGGCCUCAACUGCCUACGUGCCUUCCCCGUCAACAUGGCUGUGUUCUGGGCCUACGAGCUAGUGCUGCGCUUCCUGCGUCCAGCCCCCUAGAUGGCGCCUCACGCCUUUGAUCACGGCUCGCCCCUAAAUUCCAGAGUUUACAAGGAGACUCCUUAUCUGCUUUAGCACAGGGAAGUAUGAGGCGUCACAGACCACAUGCCAUCAUCUAGCAGCCUUGAGUAUAGUUUUAAUGUGUUUAUAGAUCAAAUUAUUGAAUUUAGUUUUGUUAAGCUCCUCAGUUCAGUUUUCUUGAUAAGCAUUUCAUAGUAAGUGUAACACAAAAUGAGCACUCUGGGCAGAUAGCUUUGCAGAUAGGUGAUGUUCAUUAGCUCAGUAAAUGCUUGCCUUUAUUAUAUUGAUGCCAGCAAUGCAGUGUUCUGCUUCACAGCAUCUGUAGUUCAGUCAAAACAAAGUAUUGCAUAAUUUCAAAAUGUAUUUUGGCAUAGGACAUAUCUGCAUUGCUUUUGCAUGACUGCAAGUAUAAACUGGGUAUAGAAUUACUGUUAGAGGUCAACAGCAACAAUUACUGUUCAUUUAUUUAGAAAUGACUUUCAUAGGCUGCUGGUUUCUCCUUGACUACAUGUUCUACGCACAUUGGUUCUUUGCUGUACCAGAGUUGUAAACACCAUUAGGGGCCUUAUUUUUCAGAUGUGCGUGCCUUAUAACUCACAGAACAUAACCCCCUGUAUACCAUGUGAUGUACAGGAAUACCAGAAUUUUUCCAGCAGGCCCUUCACACUUCAUGAACAGGGUUGGGUAAUUCAGGUCCAGAAAGGAAAAGUUCAGACGGGGAUUUUGUUUCAACCAGUUGAAUACUCUGUGGCUCUUUAUGCUCAACUGGUUGGUUGAAACAAAAUCCCGGUCUGGACUUUUACUCUCUGGACCUGAAUUACCAAACUCUGUUAUAUAUAUCAUGAAUAUAUGUAACAUAUCAAAAUGUGCUGUAUUGAGUUUCAAUUCCGUGAAUGGGGACCACAACAAUCAUGGCUCUAAUAGCAAUUUUUUAAUAUAAUGGUUUUGUUUUUCCAUUAAAUAUUUAUCAUUCAAGACAUACGCUAAGCCAAAAAAGAUUGACGCUAUCCAGUAUUACACUUGAAUUAAUUCGUUUGCAAUCCUAUAAAUGCAAUCAUUCCUGAAGAACCCAUAUGGUAAAAUUAACAGAAAAACAUGACAAUGACGGUUCAUUUCCAUACACUGCCCACCGUCUUCAUUUUAAUCAGUAGUACCCUUUAAUGCAGAUAAAAUUUAAUGCAAAAAGAAAAGUGUUUUUAAUAAAUCUUCAAAUUUUAUGAGGGAAAAAAACCCUUGAAACGUAUUAUAUGAUGCGUUUGUAAAAAUAUUAAUAUACAGACGAUCCCUAGGUUAUGAUGGUUGUUAUAUUUAAACUUCACGAUGGAUAAAUGUUUUUUACUUUCAGUACAUUAUCCUAUAAAUCGAUAGAGAUAUUCAGCACUUUAUUUUAAAAUAGGCUUUGUCUUAAUGAAUUUGCCCAGUUGUAAGUGUUCUAAAUAUGUUUAAGGUAGGCUAUAGGUUAGGCCUUGAUGUUAGUUUGGUUAGGUGUGCUGUAUUAAAAUGCAUUUUCGCCUUUGAUAUUUUUGCCUUACGAUAGGUUUAUUGGAACGAAAACCCAUUGUAACCUGGGGAGAGGCUGUACUAAAUGUAAAUUAUGGAAUGUUAAUAAAACCAUAUAAAUUAUGUUGAAACAUAUGAACUGGUUCGCUGUGGAAAGUAUUCUGUCUCAUCUUCCUUUUCCAUUUUGCUUUUUGUGCAACACAAUGUAGACAAACUGACUAUUGCUGAGAUCUUCCCCCCCCCCCC